AUGUGAAUAAAAUGCGAGAGAAAAUACGAAAAUUCGGUAUUUCGUUUUUAUAAUGCUGUCGCCGAAUGUUGCAGCCUUGGUUAGACACGCCCAGAUCGCUAGAGGUGGGCGUGGAAUACUUUCUCGGUAGAUAAGAACCCACGCGGACUUCAAGCGACAUUCACUAAUCGCAGGAGGAAAUUUGUAUGUUGUUGCCUUAAUUUUAGAAAGGUCUCCUGCCACGUUGCUGCUAGUUUUCAGACACAUUUUCCUUCGUUAAGUUUAGGGGAAGUUUAAACGCGCGUCAUGGCCUCGACGGUAGACAUGAUAGAGAGCAGGAAGGAAUCCAACGGUGAGGCUCACCUCGACGAGCCCAUGCCCAACGGGCUGGACAUCCCCAAGAAGAGCACCCCGGAGACGUUGUCUCAGCGCGUGCUGAGGAUCGUCAGGGCCAACCUGCUGGUGAUUCUCACCGUGGCCGGGGUUAUCGUUGGUGUUUUUAUUGGACUUGGUGUGCGUAAUGUAACACUAACGAGAACCCAGGUGAUUUACAUCGGCUUCCCAGGUGAGAUUCUCAUCCGCUUGCUGAAGAUGAUCAUCAUUCCUCUGGUGGUCUGCAGCCUGGUGUCCGGAGCGGCCAGCAUCGACCCCAAAGCCCUGGGCAAACUCGGCGGCUUGGCUAUGCUCUUUUUCCUGAUCACCACCUUGAUUGCGUCCUCGAUUGGGGUCGUGAUGGCUUUCAUUAUAUCGCCGGGGUCUGUGUCCGUCAACAAGCCGGCCUACUUGGAAGAAGAAGUGCCUGCGCAUAAAGAAGUUAUAGACUCCUUCUUAGAUUUGAUAAGAAACAUCUUUCCCUCCAACCUCGUGUCUGCUGCUUUUCAGUCUUAUGCAACCUCCUAUAAGCUGAUGAAAAAGAAUGGCACAGAUGGAAUCACCAAUAUCACGGUGGAGAAGGUGCCUUUUGGAACAGACCAGGAUGGCAUGAAUAUUCUUGGUCUCGUAGUGUUUGCCAUCGUGUUUGGGGUGGCUUUGCGGAAGCUGGGAGAGGAAGGAGAGAUCCUGAUCAAGUUCUUUAACGCCUUCAACGAGGCCACCAUGGUGCUGGUGUCCUGGAUCAUGUGGUAUGCCCCAAUCGGUAUCAUGUUCCUUGUAGCUGGGAAGAUUGUGGAAAUGGAAGAUGUUGCAAGCCUGUUUGCCAGUUUGGGGAAAUAUAUAGCCUGCUGCCUCAUUGGACAUGCUAUCCAUGGAAUACUUGUGUUGCCAGGCAUCUACUUUAUCAUUACAAGGAAGAACCCUUACACCUUCCUCUGGGGGAUAUUCACGGCUCUAGCCACAGCCUUUGGAACAAGCUCCAGCUCUGCCGCGCUGCCUCUCAUGAUGAAGUGUGUGGAGGAAAAGAACGGCAUAUCCAAGCACAUCAGCCGCUUCAUCCUGCCCAUUGGAGCGACGGUCAACAUGGACGGUGCAGCUCUCUUUCAGUGCGUGGCCGCAGUUUUCAUUGCACAGCUGAACAACGUUUCCCUUAACUUCAUCCAAGUCAUUACCAUCCUUGUUACAGCUACAGCAUCCAGCGUUGGAGCAGCGGGAAUUCCUGCAGGCGGUGUUCUGACUUUAGCUAUUAUCCUGGAGGCAAUAGGACUCCCCACCAGCGACAUCUCUCUUAUCCUGGCUGUUGACUGGCUUGUUGAUCGUACCUGCACGGUGCUCAAUGUGGAGGGUGACGCUUUCGGCGCGGGGAUCUUGCAGUUCUUUGUGGACAGAGAUGCCAAACGAAAGGGAGCAGAGCUGAGCGAGGUCCGGCUGGAGGCCGCCCCCGAGAGCUCGCCGCUCAUUAGUAAACGAAGCGAUGCUCAGAAAUCAGGGUCUGGUGAAAAAGAGUCAAGUAUGUAAUACGAUUGCUGACAUUUUCAAGAACUCCUGGCUCAGUUCUGAUACUUGUUUGAUAUUGUGGGGGGAAAAAAAGAAAACUGAGCAUCAAGCCCCUCAUUUCCGUUGUCUGCUCUGAAGAAAAGAGUAUAGAGAGAAACUGGACAAUGCCAAGAAAAGCUCUCUGACUUCAACACUUUUCUAGAGGGGUAGCUGAAAAUUCACAUGGGGCGCAUUUAGUGACCUUUUCAAGAUUUUUUUUGUUUUGUUUUUUUUGUGGGUGAGACAGUAUUGUACACUAGACUGGCUGCUUUCACUCCAGUUUGAUGUUGCACUCAAUUGGUCCUCAUCAGCUGUCAUGUCAGAAAUUGUUAUCAUGUGACCAUAUUUUUGUGUGUGUGUGUGUGUGUGUGUGUGUGUGUGUGUGUGUGUGUGUGUGUGUGUGUUCAGAUUCUUUACUAGCGAGUAAAAAAUCUGAUUGGUGAGUAAGUUUGUCAUGUGACCAGUGCAUCCACCCACAAAAGCUGGACCAAUGAACUUCAAGACGUAAUAGGCAUGUUAAAUAUAUAAUAUAAUGGGGAAGCUUAAGUUACGUGAAUGCACUGGUCUGUCACUAAAGUUUUGCCCCAUUUCAUUUCUAUUAUUGAACCUGCGUCUUAGCAAAUUACCGGCAAACACUCCACGAGACAUCAGAAAAAGCCUCUGACUGUAUAAGUAGAGGACCUCCAUACUGUUUGGCUACUUUCAUGCACAAUUCUUCCAGUGAUGUUUUAAACUGCAAGUACUUUGUAUUUGAGUUUAAGUGCAUUCUUUAUACUCUGCAUGAAAGUAGCUGUGACAAAAUGCAGGGGUUUUUUGUUUUGUUUUAUUUAUUUUUUUUUUUUUAAAUUGUUUUGGUGGAAGCAUCCGUUAGUCUUUUAGUGUGUUUACGGUUAUUAUGUGAAAUGACCUUCUCACCGUGAGAGGAUGAAACGGCAAUAAAUCUGUCCUAGAGCCUCAGUUCGUCUUCUGAAACACACCAAAUGAAAACA